AUGCCAAGAAAGAAUUCAGCGCAAAAAGUUAUAUACUAUGAAGCUGAUCGUAUACUUAAUGAGAAAGUAGAGAAAGAUAAAAAAUACUUUUUGGUUAGAUGGGAGGGUACAGACGAUCAUGGAAGAAAAUGGGCGCCAACAUGGGAACCAGAAAGCUUUUGUAAUGCUGAAUUAAUUAAACACUGGGAAGAAACAAAGCCUGCUACUACAACUACUGUUGAUGAUAAUGAGAAAAAGAGAGGGAGAUCACCAACUCUUAACAAUUUUAGUGAUAGUAGUUUUAAAACAACAACAACCCCUAAUAAUAAAAGGAAAAGAGAAACGUGCAGGUUGAAUAUUGACUACAGUAGUGAAGAUGAUAAUAACGUUAAUAUCGGAAAAGUGGGGCCUAUAAAAUCAUCAAAUAUAAAAAUAAAAACGUUUCCUAUGAGACAAACAAAUUUAUUAAAUUAUAACGUUUCAAUACCUACAACAAUAACAUACUUACAGCAAAAGAUCUAUCAUAAAAUAAUCAGUAAUCCGGAAUUAUACGAGUGUUUAAACGAAUCAGAGUAUCUAGAAAGACCAGAAGCCAGGUCUUUGAUAUUGAGUGUGCAUAAUUCAUUAUUAUCUGUUCUUAACCAUGUAUCUCUUUAUAUCUCAUCAGAUUUAUCAUCAACACUGCAUAAUUGGUUUAGAAAUGAAAACCAGUGUGGUAAAUUGAUCGUUUUGAAAUACUUUUUAAGUAUUUUAAAAGAUUUGGAAAUAAACUUUAGAAUAGGAAUUUCAGUUCCUGUUUUGAAAAUGAUGGAUAUUAUGAGUGAUUUUUUGAGGCGAGAAGGAUUCCAAUGUAUGCUUUAUAAUCGUAAUUAUGAGAAUAAGAAAGUGAAUGAUAAAAUGAUUUUUUAUAUAUUUGUUACAGAUGAAGUCAAGUCACUUGAAUGUCAACAUUUUAAUUUUGUAAUAGCCUAUGAUCCAAGAUUUAACACAAAGAAACACUUAUGUGAAUCUAGAUGCAACAACAAUCUGCCAGUAAUUAGAUUAAUCACCAUGAAUACUAUUGAACAAUCCAUGUUUCCUUUAUGGGUUCAUGACGAAGCACCAAAACUAUUAGAGCUAUCAUGUGCUCAAAUUAGGGACAAAUUAACAUUUGGAAUCCAACAAACAAAUCAAUUUAUUGAAAUUGGGACCGUUCCUAAAGCUUAUGAUUUUCGUCGUAGCUGUGAAAGAGUGGUUAGUUGGAUAAAUGACAUUGAAGAGAAAAAGAAUGGCAGCGAUCUCAUUCCGUCGAUUAAAAAAAUUUUAUGA